AUGAUUAAAUUUUUUGGGAUUGUGAUUUACAUCUUCUUCAUAUUAUCAGUUGUUGGCCCAAUCUAUUCAUUUUUGACAUUUUAGCCCAAAAGAGCCUAAGAGUUUUGGUCUCGAUUAGCUGUCAAGACAUUGCGACUGCAAUUCAGAUAUUUGCCAAACUCGAAAUAAGUGCAAACAAAUAAGAGAACAAUGUUACUAUUCAACCACAGAACCCAGGGAGAUUUCUUUAUCCAUGACGUGGUUUCUCAAUUUAGUGCAAAUUUCUUGGCAAGAUGGAUGGUGGCAGUAGCAUUUCCAAUGCUGGCUAUAUUCCAAUAAUUGUUUACACAAUCAGUCUGGUUUUUCAGGAGAGGAGGCAACGAUCUGAAUAACUUCUUUAAAUGGAUUGAUAACAAAUUCGACAAAGCCACAAGACCGAACUUGCUAGUCUAUCCGGAAGGUCACAGAAUGCACGACAGUGACAAAGUCGGCAAGAUGAAGAAUGGAAUGCUUCAAUAUGCGUAUGAUCGAAAAAUAGAUACACAAAUCAUCAUCGUUUUGGGUAUCGAAAAAGCCUUUAAUGAGAAAAAAUUCCAUGUAAAUUUGGGACCCACUCAGAUUUCAAUCAAGGUAGAUGAAAUAAUCAAACCUGAUAAAUUUGCUACUUUUGAAUUGUUUGUUGAACACAUUUAAGCAAUGUUUAGGAAGAAUUUUGAAGAAACCUAUGAUUAUUAAUAUAAACAAUCAUGA